UUUAUUCAUGACGCACUUCGACAGUCGGCACACAUGUGCUUGGUGUGCGAAGGACUUACUGGGGGAAAAUGCCAUUAAAAUGAUCGAAAAAGACCGCAAAAUUAUUUGAUUCCUGUACCGGAAGUGUUGGAACGGUAACUAGGAUAAGGUGGUUGGACUUGUAAUCUUUCCAGGUGUUUGAAAAGGAGAAAAUCUCGGUCAUAUUGAGGGAGUAUUUUGCGUUUGGUCCACAGUGUACAGUUUCAAUGUAGCUGUGCAUAUGGCGUAACUUCGUUUGUGUGAUGUCUGCUCGCCCAAAACAAAAACAAUCGUCCAGUCAUGUUUCGGACAUGGAUAGCCAUUUUGCUGGGAUUUUGGUCGUCUGUUUAUUUGGCUGAUACAUUUAUCAAGUCCAAUAAGAGAUGCGGCCAGCAGUAUGCAGAAGCUCAGGAGCGCUACGGCAUCCAGGUUUCCAUCGGCCAGGUCCGCUGGUACACCACCUGUUUCAACCGUCUCUUCAUACGCAUCGGCCAGUGGAAGCCGCGCUUCACGCAGGCCUGGUUCAGGAUGGGCGCGUUCAUAGGGGUGCUGAUGAUGUUUGUCUCGGUGGGCUUGCUGGUGUCGACGCUGGUGCAGGCCUCCACGAAGGAGUCGCCGGAACAGGUGUUGACUCCCGUGAUGCCAGGUGUGAAUCUCCCACUCAGACAAGUCACCUACUUCUUCACUGUGUUGCUUAUCAGUGCCAUCUGGCAUGAGUUGGGCCAUGCCAUUGCAGCAGUCAGAGAGCAGGUGCGGGUGAAGGGCUUCGGUAUGUUCGUCAUGGCCAUGUACCCCGGUGCCUUCGUGGACCUCCACACGGACCACCUCCAGGCCAUCUCAGCGGCCAGACAACUCAGGAUAUACUGUGCUGGUAUCUGGCACAACCUGGUCCUAGUCCUAGGGGGGAUUGCUGUGUUUUACACACUGCCCUAUUUGAUGAGUCCACUGUACGUGACGGGAACCGGGGUCAUGGUCACGGACGUUCUAAAGAAUUCGCCUGUAUCAGGCAGCAGAGGAUUGGCCGUUGGCAGUCAUGUGACCAGCAUCAAUGGCUGUCCGGUAUAUAAUACAGAGGAUUGGAGUCGAUGUCUAGGUUCGGCAUUGUACUAUCCCCAACCGGGGUUCUGUGUACAACUCAACAAAGUACAGCUGCAAACCAGAGAUGUACCACUGUACAAAGGUUAUGGAGGCCAGGUGGAGUGUUGCCACAAUGACAGCGCCUCGGAGCUGUGCUUUAUCUAUGAGAUGGGGUCAGAGGUCGGAGCACCACAAAAGCAUUAUGCCUGCCUGGAGGCCCGGCCCCUGACUGAUCUGCCACGCUGCUUCAAGAACACUGACUGUGUCCAGACACGUAAGACGGCCUGCCUGCAACCCUCCCUGGAUAACACCAGCAGACUGCUGCGAGUCUACCUCACUACGGGCAAACCGGUGCUCUACGUCGGAGACACCUACCUCUUUGGUUAUUCCUUGAGUGUGACAAACUACAUUCCACAGUAUGCCUUCUUGCCCCUGACGCUUCCAGACAUCAUAGAACUCUUCUGCAAAUAUUUAAUCUCAUUCUCCGGUGCUCUAGCAAUUCUCAACGCCAUCCCCUGCUAUGCCUUAGACGGCCAGUACAUCCUACAGGCCUUCCUGGAGCACACGUUAGCCAGUCGCAUCACGAGCACAUCAGACCGCAACCUCAUCUACAGCCUGAUUCUCCUGUUUGGAACGCUGCUCCUAGGGGCAAACUUGGUGCUCGCUCUAUUCGCCCUCAUCUUCAGGUAGCAUUUGUAGACAGUGUUUUUUUUUCUUCUUUUAUUGGUUAAUUUUAUUUUAAUAUAGGUUUUCCUGGCCGAU